AUGUUAGCUGCUGAGAAACAAGCGAACGAUCUGAACACAAUACGGCAAAGAAAAGAAAUUGCAGAUGGAAGAUCUAGCCUCGACUUGAAUCAAAAUCUGGACCAGAAAGAUACUUUCAAAUGCCACACAAAGGAAGAGUUCUCAGAUUCAACUCGAGUCUCUUCCAUCACCUCUCAACAAAAUGACAUAUCAACUGGUCAAGAAAAAUGCACCCCAGAUGGCUAUGGUACAGCAUACAUCGAGGCAGCGCAAAGAAUAUACUCUCGCUCCAUCCCACCAAAACGCACAGAAGAGACCAACAUCGUUGACUGGGAUGGCCCAGAUGAUCCCGAGAACCCAAUGAACUGGCCUUCUUUAAAGCGUUGGACACACAUCAUGCUCGUCAGUGCAGCCAACUUUCUCACCGGCAUUGCCUCCUCUAUGUUCGCUCCAGGUGUCCCAGCACUCAUGGAAGAAUUCAAGUCCACAAACUCUUCCCUCGCUUCCUUCGUCGUGACCAUCUUCGUACUCGGUCUCGCGACGGGACCAAUUGUCUUUGCCCCUUUGUCUGAGAUUUAUGGACGGCUAUAUAUACAGCAUACUGGUCUUGUGGGCUUCUUAGUAUUUACCAUUGCAUGUGGAGUCUCUUCGAAUCUGAAUAUGUUGAUCGGGUUCCGGUUGAUGCAGGGCAUCUUCGGCUCUGUACCUCUUACAAAUGCUGGAGGCGUUAUUGCCGAUAUGGUACGGCAAGAAGUACGCGGCUUUGCUAUGGCAAUGUUUACGCUCGGUGUACUGUUAGGCCCGGUGAUCGGUCCUGUGAGCGGUGGCUUCCUCUCGGCCGCAAAGGGAUGGAGAUGGGUAUUCUGGGUACUAGCCAUGGGCACCGGACUUGUAAUUAUUUUCUGCUUCGUCGUCUGGCGCGAAUCAUACGCUCCCAUUCCCCUCGCGCGCAAAGCCGCCCGUCUACGCAAGUCUACUAGCAACAUGUGCCUACGCUCUAAAUACGACAAAGGCCUGUCGGACGGCGACCAAUUCAAGCACAGUAUCGGUCGCGCUAUCAAAAUACUCGUCUAUUCCCCUGUUGUACUGACGCUGUCGAUUUACAUGGGCCUUGUAUAUGCUUAUUUUUACCUCCUUUUUACUACUUUGACACGUGUUUUUGAGGAUAAUUAUGGAUUUAGCAGUAGUAUUGUAGGCUUGUCUUACUUGGGCGUCGGUCUUGGGUUUCUCAUAGCCCAGGUGGGCUAUGCGCGAUUAGGUGAUGAGAUAUUGAGGCGCAUGACGAAGAAGAGUGGUAGUAGCGAGAUGAAGCCUGAGUACAGACUGCCACUGUGCAUUGUGGGAGGAGUGUUGGUACCUGUUGGACUCUUCUGGUAUGGAUGGAGUGCGGAGAAACGUAUACACUGGAUUAUGCCAAUAAUAGGGACGGGCAUCAUGGGGAUGGGAAAUUGUUUAAUUUUCGUUAGUAUACAGUCAUACUCCGUAGAUGCCUUCGAGCUCUACGCGGCAUCUGCACUUGCUGCCAAUACUGUCAUUAGAUCGGUCAUGGCUUCUGUGCUGCCGCUUGCUGCGCCUAAAUUGUAUGAGGCGCUAGGAUUGGGAUGGGGAAACUCCUUGCUGGCGUUUUUGGCGCUGGCAAUUGUUCCGGUUCCUAUUUUGUUGAUCAAGCACGGGGAGACGAUUAGGGGCUGGAACAUGGAGAGAAUUAGGAAUUUAUGA